AAAUAAAAAAGAACUAACCUCACAAAAAUUGAAAAUAUAAAAGUCUAUGGCAUUUUAUUUUAUGAGUAUAGAUAAGAAAAAUACUACUGGGAAAUAAUAAAGGCAACUUAAAAAUCUUUAAUUUAUCUUUGCACCUUUUUUGAUAAUAUUGGAUAGAAAGCUUUAGUUUCCUUAUCAGUAUUACUUCUUUAUGGUUUAGCAUCCUUCUUUAGUAAACCAUAUAGCAGUAUUUAACUAAAUAAUCUAGAUUUAAUGGCUACAGUUCUAUAAUUUAAUUCUAUCGUCUUAGCAAUAAUAAUCAAUCAAAUGGGAAAUACAGUUUGGGAGAAUAUUUCUACUAUAAUUAUAUUUUUCUUCAACUUUGUGUUUAUUGUGAGAAUUUUAUUGAAAGUAAUUUUGAGAGAAAUACCUUUUGAUCCUCAAUAAAGAAAUUUGUUUCAUUAGUUGCUAAUAAAAAUAAAAGAUAUAUUUCCUAAAUUUUUUACUAGUUAAAUAAUCAUAUAGAGCUCCAAUCAAUUUUAAGUAAUGAAAAGAUGGAGUAAACUUUAAAAAGAAGUAUUUAAAUAUAUUAGACUUAAGAAAAGAAAUUCCAAAGCUCAGCAAAGUAAUAACCAAGUUGAUGAAAUUAUUGAAGAACAAGAGCAAAAUAAAAAUUUAAUUAUAUAGAUGAAUUAAUAAACAUCUCUCUACGGGUUAAGCAACUCUUUUUAAAAAUCUCAAAGCAUUUCAUAGAUUAGUCUUCAAGGUAAAAUUGAUAGAAGAAUUUCAGGUGAAAGAGAUAAUUUAAAAGUAGAGAAAUUCUAACUAAUGAAGACUGAUGACGAAUUUAUAAAUUACUUUGAGGAAAACAGCAUCGCAAGAUCUCCAAUUAGUUUUUUAGCGAAAAGGUAAUCUAAGAAUAUUAACUUAUUUGAAUCUCAAUAAACUCAAGAGAAUUGAAAUUUUUUUAAAUUUAAUUAUUGCUAAAUGCAUGGCAUUUAUAUAUAAAUAUAUUAUUUAGAGACUAUGUGUUGGGAUUAAAUAUAUAGAUAUAUUUGUAUUUC